AGUCGCGUGCAGAGGGGUAAGCGAAAGAUAUAGGAGCGUAUGCGCGCGGGAUUAAACUGCGGAAACGACGGCAUGGCAGUUCGCGACGGGGUGUAAUACAGAUGGGGAACAUGUGCAGGCGCGUCGAGAGAGGAAAGUACCAUCUAGGGUCCAGCGCCGCUAGCGCAUGUCUUGACCACCAAGACGGCUGCGAGGGAUGCGAGGGCGCCGCACACGACACUCGUUUUCCCUGCGGUGCAAUUGAGAGGCGGGCAGCAUGGCUCUGAUAUCAUCGAUAUUGGCGCUGCGGAGAGAUGCCCGCAUCCAGAAGAUCCCACCUUACCUCUCCGCCUUCUGCAUCAUCGUCGGCAUAGCAUGGCUCCUCGUCCUCCCGCUGAACGAAUACUCGCGCAAGACGUACGUGUCUGAGAAUGCCCUGCUGCCGGGGCAGGUGCACACGUACUUUACAGGCAGUGAGCACAACGUCUUCCGCGCAUACAGACAUGAGGUGGAUGCGCUGUCUGGUACGAGUGUGGAGGAGCGAACACGCCGACUGGCAGAGAUAUUUCGCUCGCAGAAUCUCAAGGUCGCGACCCAAAAGUACAACUACCACGUCUCGAACCGCACCAUCGCAAACGAAAACGUAUAUGCUAUCCUCCAAGGGCCCCGUGCCGACGCUACAGAAGCCAUUGUCCUGAUCGGAGCAUGGAAGAACAUGGCAGACGAGGUCAACACCUCGGGCGUUGCUCUGGUCCUCACACUGGCCCGCUACUUCAAGCGCUGGAGUCUCUGGAGCAAGGACAUCAUUUUUUUGGUGUCAGGGGACAGCACGAGCGGGCCGCAAGCCUGGGUCGACGCAUACCACGACGGACACGACGAGCGUUAUGUUGAAAGCUUGAAGAUCAAGAGCGGGGCAUUGCAAGGUGCUGUGGCUGUCGACUACCCUGCUGGGCCAUGGGGCCAUCGAUACGACAAGCUACAUGUUGUGUACGAUGGUGUGAAUGGCCAGCUUCCAAACCUGGAUUUGUUCAACACGGCUGUGCAAGUAGCAGGCGGCCAGAUGGGAGUCGGUGCCGUCAUCCAGCGCAUGUGGAAACACACAGACACAUACCAGGAGCGCCUCACGACGAUGCUCCGAGGGAUGGUUUCGCAAGGAAUGGGCCACGCAACGGGACCACACUCAUCCUUCAUCCCCUACCACGUCGACGCCAUCACGCUUGUCACAGUCGGCGACGGAUGGCAUGAUGAGAUGACGCUGGGGCGAAUCAUCGAGUCGCUGUUCCGCAGCUUGAACAAUCUCCUCGAGCACCUGCACCAGAGUUUCUUCUUCUACCUGCUGCUCCAGGCCAACCGCUUCGUCAGCAUUGGGACGUACCUCCCCUCGGCUAUGCUGAUCGCCGUCAGCUUCAGCAUCACAUCAAUCGCGCUGUGGGUGAAGAGCGGGCGUCCAAGCGAGCCUACUGCGAACUUUGCAUCCACAAACCCAGAGAGCAAAGCCGCCUCCCACCCCAUCCCAUCACCGUCCACCUCGGAAAGCGUAGAAGACGAUUCCACUCCCGCAAAGCCCUCAGAAUCCGAAGAACCCCCCACGGCCGAAGAAACACAAAAACCCGCCGACCCCCCAGUCCUAAUCCACACCCCCUCAGGCUCCCUCUCCCUCCUCCCCGCCCCCUCCCUAAAAAUCACAGAACGCCACCUCCUCUUCCCCCUCCUCUCCGUCCUCCUCUCCCACCUCCUCGGCCUCCUCCCCUUAUACCUCUUCAACACCUGGCCCGCCCCCUCCCUCCCCCCCCUCUACCUCACAGCCGCAAACCUCACCACCCUCCUCCCCCUAGCCAUAGCAUACUUCCUCGUCCUCGAGGCCCCGCCCACGCCCCAGCAAACUACCCUUGUACAAUGUUUCUCCCUGCUACUGCUGGGAAUGUGCCUCGCCGGCCUGGCGACGCUGAACUUUAGUCUGAGUUUCCUUGUUGGGGUGUGUACGGCGCCGUUGAAUUUCGUGCAUAAGGCACGGAGUAAAGGGGGGAAUGUGGCGCAGUUGGCGGGGCUGAUGCUGGUUAAUCCGCUGGUGGUGGUGCAGGUUGGGACGCAAUUACUGGGGGGGCGGAUGGAGGAGGUGCUGGUCAAGGCUGCGGAGGGGUGGGUGGUGUGGGGACUGUGGACGCAGGUUGUUGUUUGGGUUGUGUGGUUUCCGGCGUGGGUUUGUGGGGCUGUUGUUGUUGCUGUGGGGGUGUUGGAGUGA